UGCGUAGCCGUGUCGCCACUGCAAUCAAUAACAGUGUGCCAGCCAUAGAUAAUUCACAACAGAAAAAUCGUCCGUCUUCCCCGACACCCGUCCAUCUUGCUAGUGUCUCUCCUCGCGCUGCCCUAGCUAUUCCCCGCCCCCUCUGCCGGCGUCUCCAUCUUAAUGGACGCGUCAGCCACCUGCCGGUCGAUCUCUGUGAAUGAUGGCGCCGCCUCACCCGCACCGCCCGCAUCAUCUUCAUCCGUCAGGUCGAUUGAUGUACCGUGGACCAACCCGCCCCGCUUCUCGCUGCUGGGCUGGGUGCUCUUCUGCGCCUCCUGGUACGACAGGUGGAUGUGCAGGGCUGCCACGUGAUCAUCGAGGAGCGACAGCAAAUCUACGUGACGAUACACAAGACACAGACGCCUUUGAGCGCAUUAGUUUGCCGUGUGGUGCAGUGCUUACGCAAACGGGUGAGGGAGUGGGUCCCCUUGGCGCCGCUGAGCCGAUCGAGCAUGGACUCGCAGAUAGGGAAGCGCUGUAUGAUGGGCGGCGUGUCCGUAAUCUGUAUCUUGAGGGCGCGACGCCCCUUGACGUAGUGGUCGAGAAAGCCUUUGAGCAUCGCGCGCUCUCCCGAUGUCACUUGGCGGCUGGCCAGCUGAUGCGACACCAGGAUGCGAUUGAAGGACUCGUUCUCGUCGAGCCACUGGUCGGCGAGGUCGACCUCCCUCUUACGCUCUUGACGCUCACGGCGGAGUGCUGCAGACAUGCAUACGAUGACAGGGACAGACAUGCGUUGCCUUAGCUGGUGACUGACUGACCUUUCCUGUGCGCUUGACGUUCCGUGGGAAGCGAGUGGGCCGCACCCCUCAUACCUCCACUAACACGGACAUGAAACAAAAGACACCAGGUGAUGGCAUGGUGCUUGGACGCGCCUAACUGCGAAGUCGCCGACCUAUCAUCCGAUCUGAGGGCAUCAUCCUCGUCGCGAUCAUCAUCGCUCGGCUGCCUCUCGCGGCGGCGCUUCUGCUGCGAUCGGUAGCGCUUCGAGCGUCGGCCACCGCCAGCAGCUGCAGCCGCUGCCGCACCUGCACUGGCACAGGGCAGACAACGGGUGCGGUUUAUAUAAACCACUUUCAUUCAUACCUGUGUAUCCGUCCUCGUCGUCAUCCCCUUGGUAGUCGUCAUCCUGUCCCAUCUGGUGGGCACUAUCAUCACAUGGCUCGGCCCGCCCCCCACCCCGAUGCUGCUGCUCAUGCCGCUCCCGAGCGAUUUCUCCCUGCCGCUGCUCGUACGCUUCCAUGCUGACGCCCUCCGGCCAGAGGAAAUCGUCGUCGGGGCAAGCCGCAGCCGGCCAACCAGGACCCAUGCUCGCGUAGUGAGAUGGACAGAUGUUCUGAACAGACAAGAUGCGAGAUGCGAUGUGCGUGCGGUGACUUGUGGUUGUCAAUGUGUUCGCAUACCACAAGCAUCUGAGGAGCAAUCAAUCACCCACAGCGACGGGAACAUGUGCCCACACGGAUGGAUGCAUUCAUUCAUUCAUUGGCGUGUUGCUUCAUCACUGUGCACACCUGUCUGUGGUUGGCCCUGAGCGUCUCUGUCCAGGGGGGCUGGGGCACAUCCUCAUCCUCGUAGUCCGGCAAGACGUCCACACGACUCUGCACACAAGACCGUAAUAAAUAAUGCAUGCCGUUGUGAGUUGGUGAGUGAGCGAAGCAGCAUGAAGGGUCGUUCGAUGUCCAUCUCUACCUGCAUUUCGUCAUCUCUGUGCGUCUUGUACCCCUUCUCCACGUAUACACCAUGCAGCGUCCUGAUGUACUUGACAAGAGCCGGCACGUGGGCCCGCCACAUCUCAACGCACGGGUGACCAUCAUAUCUCGACCGGGCGAACGCAUUCGUGCUUAUCUGCUCGAAGAUGUCCAGAGACUGGUCUCUGGGGGUAAGACACAGACAGCAUUGGUCCAUGUAGCGCAGUGCAGUGAGGUGUCUGCAGUUGGUUCUUGCUCACAUCUGCAGCUGUAAGUCAUUCUUUCGCAUGCACUCAGCGCAACGUCGGUAGUCUGAAGCAUAUACACCGCCAAAGAGCUCAGAAAGGGUUGGUAAUUGAAUUGUGGUUGUUCUCUUUGUACCGGCGUAUGGCAGAUAUGUGACGAUUUUCGAAGCCAUUCUCCCGCCCGGUCCCAACUGCGAGCUUAAUGGCUCCAGCAAAGGUUUCAUACACCCUAGGUGUGACGAAGGAGUCAGUCAGGCGUCGCAACCUCAGCCGCA